ACCCUCUCACUCUUCUCCCAAAACCUCCGCAUUACCGCUCACCGUAGCCGACCCUCAAUGGCAACAGAAACUCCAGCAACACCUGCCUCCGCCGGCGCCGGCGUUAAAGUUAGCAGAGACAUCGUAGAAAGAGCCGUCACCGCCCUACUGAAGUGGAAAGACGCACAAUCGAAGGACCAGGCGCCCCAGCUACUCCCAGAUGAUGAAUUCGUCUACCUCAACAUCACUCUCAAGAAAAUCCCUCCGAAGGCGCGUGUCAACCCCUUCCGAAUCGCCCUCCCACACGCGCUACACGACCAAGCCUCCUCCGAGUGUUGUCUAAUCAUCGACGAUAGGUCCAACUCCAAUCUCACGUCCAAGGACGCGAAGAAGGUAAUAAAAUCGCAGGAUAUAUCCGUUAGCAAAGUCCUGAAACUCUCCAAGUUGAAGACAGAUUAUAAGGCUUUUGAGGCGAAGAGGAAGCUCUGCGAUUCGUACGAUGUGUUCUUGGUGGACAAGAGGAUAGUGCACUUCCUCCCGAAGCUUCUGGGAAAGCACUUCUUCAAGAAGAGGAAGUUGCCUUUGCCCGUAGACUUGACAAAGAAGAACUGGAAGGAUCAGAUCGAGAGGGCGUGCGGAUCCGGUUUGUUUUUUCUGCGGACUGGGACUUGUAGUGUGAUGAAGGUUGGGAAGCGAGCAAUGGAGAGUGGAGAGAUUGUUGAGAAUGUGGUGGAGGCAAUUAAUGGAGUUGUGGAGUAUGUUCCCAAAAAAUGGGGUGGUGUGAGGAGCCUGCACUUGAGAUUAUCCGGUUCUGUGGCCUUGCCUUUGUAUCAAGGAUUGCCGGAUAUGAAGCUGAAGAUUAUGGGGGCUAAGGAUGUGGAGGGAGGGAUUGAGAGCAAGGAAUUAAGUGAUGAUUUUCCUGAGGCUAAGGAUAGUGGGAAAGCUGAGAAGGUGGGCAGGAAAAAGAGGAAAGGGAGGCUUCAUGAAGUUCGAUAUAUGGAUGUUGAAAUGGGUGGAAUUGAAUUGUCUAGUGAGGAUGAAGAUGGUGAGAAUGAGACUGAAAAUGAUGAAAAUGUAAGAAAGAAUAGGGAUUUUGGCAUUAUUAAGGGAGAUGUGGAAGAAGAAAGUGAUGACAAAGAGAAUGAGAUGAGCAAGGGUAAUGAUUUGGUUCCUGCUAAGAAAGGAAAGAAGGGGAAAAUUCAGAAAGGGAGUGAUUUGAGUGGUGAAAAAGGGAGUAAGAAAGUGAGAAAGGGGGAUAACAAAGAGGAAGGGAAACAGAAGAAAAUUAAGUCAUCUAUAAAGUCUGAUGAUGAAUCAGGGAAAAGAAAGAAUGUGGUUGGGAUGAAGUUGAAAGAAGGGCCAACCAAACUGAAGAGCAAGAGAACUAAGAAGAGCCAGUGAGUAGACUCACUUUGCCCUGAUUUGAGAAAUUUUGUUGUGAUGUGGACUUUAAAUCAAUUAUUGCUGUCAUUGUAGUUUUAUAGCAGUUUUGGCUUCUCUAAUUCCAGGAUGUUGUCUGAUUUUGAUUUUCAAUCUUUAUAGCUAUUUAUAUGUGGAAUUUCUGCUUUGUCUAAACAGCUUGGGGUUUUCUAUAUUAACUCUUGAAGAACCCGCAGAAUUCAGUACCUUUGCAAAAUUAUUAAGAUUUUAUACACUUUUCUUAGUUCUC